AUGAAGGAAAAAUCCAAGAACGCGGCAAAGACUAGACGGGAAAAAGAAAAUGGAGAAUUCUACGAACUGGCCAAACUCCUGCCCUUGCCCUCGGCCAUCACCUCCCAGCUGGACAAGGCGUCCAUCAUCCGCCUCACCACCAGCUACCUGAAAAUGCGAGCCGUCUUCCCCGAAGGUCUGGGCGACGCCUGGGGACAGCCGAGCAGGAUAGGGCCCUUGGAUAACGUGGCCAUGGAGCUCGGAUCCCACUUGCUUCAGACUCUGGAUGGCUUUGUUUUCGUGGUAGCAUCAGAUGGCAAAAUCAUGUACAUCUCUGAAACAGCAUCUGUGCAUCUUGGCUUAUCUCAGGUGGAGCUGACUGGAAACAGCAUUUACGAGUACAUCCACCCCUCUGACCACGACGAGAUGACAGCUGUGCUUACUGCUCACCAGCCUCUCCAUCCUCACCUCUUGCAAGAAUACGAAAUCGAGAGAUCAUUUUUCCUGAGAAUGAAGUGUGUCCUAGCCAAGAGGAAUGCAGGAUUGACAUGCAGUGGAUACAAGGUGAUCCACUGCAGUGGCUACUUGAAGAUCCGCCAGUACAUGCUCGACAUGUCCCUGUACGACUCCUGCUACCAAAUCGUGGGGCUGGUGGCUGUGGGCCAGUCUUUGCCUCCCAGUGCAAUCACUGAGAUCAAACUCCACAGCAACAUGUUUAUGUUCAGAGCAAGCUUGGACUUAAAGCUGAUAUUCCUGGAUUCCAGGGUCACUGAAUUAACUGGAUAUGAACCCCAAGAUCUGAUAGAAAAAACCCUCUACCACCAUGUCCACGGCUGCGACGUGUUCCACCUGCGAUACGCUCAUCAUCUCUUGUUGGUGAAAGGCCAAGUCACAACCAAGUACUACAGGCUGCUGUCCAAGCACGGAGGCUGGGUGUGGGUGCAGAGCUACGCCACCAUCGUGCACAACAGCCGUUCGUCACGGCCUCACUGCAUAGUGAGUGUCAAUUAUGUCCUUACAGAUAUUGAGUACAAGGAACUUCAGCUGUCACUGGACCAGGUUACCAUUUCCAAGUCACAGUUUUCAUGCAGAAACUCAGCACCUACCUCGCAGGAAACAAGGAAAAUAGUCAAACCCAAAAGUAAUAAAAUGAAGGCAAAACUCAGAACCACACCUUACCCACAACAGCAAUACAGCUCAUUCCAAGCAGACAAACUGGAAUGCAGCCAGGUGGGAAACUGGCGAUCCAGCCCCGCCGUGAACGCCGCCGCCAUUCAGGAACAAAACUUCCAUUCAGAAAACAGCGAACUUUUAUACGCCCCACCGUACAGCCUGCCUUUCUCCUACCAUUAUGGACACUUCCCCAUGGAUUCCCACGUCUUCAGUGGCAAAAAACAAAUGCUGCCUGCCAAGUUCGGGCAGGCUCAAGGAGCACCCUGCGAAGUGGCGCGGUUCUUCCUGAGCACGCUGCAGGCGAACGGAGAGUGCCAGUGGCACUACACCAACCCCCUGGUACCCAGCAGCCAGUCACCCUCCAAAAACCUUCCUGAGCAGCCAGUGAACAUCAUCAGGCACAACCUUGCACAGAGUUACGAAGUCCCCAUAUCCAACAGGAGGUACGGCCAAGAUGCUCUAGCCGACAACUUCCCGAGCUGCACCGCGCCCGUGGCAGGCAGCAGGUACAAAGAGGAGAUUUACGACUCCACCAUCAUGAAACCCAACAAAAUAGAGCCCAGGAUCCAGCCCCCCCACCUCAUCAAAGAGGAAAACAAGCUGGCUUUCAACAGAGACCUCCAGGAAAAAAUGAGCGUCAACGACGGCCCCUUCUCAAACUCCAUCGCCAGCUCGCUGCUGCCGAAAGCGGAGUGUUUCCAGCCCAAAGCUCUGGGACAGCUCGGCCACCUCCUGCCCGUGCCCUCGGUGUACGAGCAGACGAGGCGGAUUUGUGGGAAGGAGCCCAGGUACGGGGGGCACCUCGGCCACCACCACCCCGCACACCUGGAGGAGCCGGACGGCGAGGGGAGGAUGGCGGUGAAGCUCGACCACGAGGCCGAGGGCGAGCGCGGGACGGACGUGAGGCCCUCGGGACAAGUGCCCUUCGUGCUCCUGAACUACCACCACGUCCUGGCCAAGCACGGGGCGUUCCCGGCCUCGCCGUGCGCGGCGCCGGGCCACGUGGGGGAGAGCUACGGGUACAACGCCGAGGAGGUGAACGCCUUCCUGUACAAAAACCAAAGCCCCUCCUCGGCCUCUUCCCCGGAAACCCACAAGGAAUCUGCACUGCCCCAUUACAUUGGGACCUCGGUAAUAAUCGCCAACGGGAGGUGA